AUGGGUGCCAUUCCUUUCGAGCUCAUCCCGCAGUACCUGGGCGUGGCCAGCCUGGGUCUGGUGGCCGUCAUCUCGCUCUACACGCUGUGGACCAUCAUCUACAACCUCUUUUUCCACCCGCUGUCGCGUUUCCCCGGCCCCUUUCUGGCCAAGAUUUCCCCUAUCUACUCCAUCUAUGGUCUCUUCCGCGGCCGGUGGCCUUUUGACGUGCACCAGCUGCAUCUCAAGUAUGGCCCGAUCCUGCGUCUGAUGCCCAACGAGCUGUCCUUUAUCGAACCCGAGGCCUGGCGCGACAUCUACGGCCAUCGCCAAGGCCACCCACAGUUCCACAAGGAUCCCAUCCAUGUCGGCUCCGUCCAGGACAUCCCCGGCUCAACGACGCUCACGAUGGCCGACGACACCAACCACAGCCGCCAGCGCCGCACUCUCGCGCACGCCUUCAGCCAAAAGGCGCUGCUCGAGCAGGAGAGCAUCAUACGCGGCUACGUGGACCUGUUCAUCGAAAAGCUCACGCCGUUCAGCAAGUCGGGCGAGCGCAUCAACAUGUGCGACUGGUUCAACUUCACCACCUUUGACAUUAUCGGCGACAUGGCCUUUGGCGAGCCCUUCGGCUGCCUGCGCGACGGCGUCUUCCACGCCUGGGUCUCGCUCAUCACGCAGACGAUCAAGGCCGGCGCCUUUGAGCAGGCGACCCGCCGCAUGGCCACCACCGGCAGUCUCGUGCAGACGUUCCUCGUGCGCCUGAUUCCCAGCGACCUGCGCCGCAAGCGCUUCGAGCACCUGGAGCUCAGCAAGGAGAAGUGCCUCAAGCGCAUCGAGGAGGGCCUCCGCCGCGAGCACCACGACUUCCUGUACUACAUUCUGCGUGCCAACGAGAAGGGCGGCGUCCGCCAGGACGAGAUCAUCCUCAACAGCGCGCUGUUUAUCGUCGCCGGCUCCGAGACGACGGCGUCGCUGCUGGCGGGCCUGACCAUGUGGCUGAUGCGCACGCCGCACGCGUACAAGCGCCUGACGGACGAGAUCCGCACGCGCUUCCCGACGGCCGAGAAGAUGAACUUUACCGACCUGCAGGAGUGCGCGUACAUGAACGCCUGCAUCGACGAGGCCCUGCGCAUCUUCCCGCCCAUCCCCACGGGGCUGACCCGCACGGUGCCCGAGGGCGGCGACACCGUGGCCGGCGAGAUGCUGCCGGGCGGGACGACGGUGUCGGUGUACUCGUGGGCGGCCACGCACUCGCCGCGCAACUUCCAGCGCCCCGACGAGUUCAUCCCCGAGCGCUGGUUCAACCCGGCGUUUGCCAACGAGAACAAGGACGCCAGCCAGCCCUUCUCGCUGGGCCCGCGCGGCUGCAUCGGCCGGCACCUGACGUUCCUGGAGCUGCGCCUGAUCCUGGCCAACCUGCUGUGGCACUUUGACCUCGAGCGCGCGGACAAGAGCGCGGCCGUCGACAUCUGGGACAUUGCGGGCGACCUCAAGCACGUCAAGGCCUUCAACACGUGGAACAAGCCGCCCCUGUGGACCAAGCUGACGCCGGUGAAGCGCUGA